AACUCAUUCUAAUUAAUUUGUAACUUCAUCCAGCAAUAAACUUAAAAUUAGUAAAACUCUUGUUUUACAAUUACGUUGAGUUUUUCUGUUAUAGGCCUAAAUUGCACCUCAGAUUAUAUUUUGUGGUAAUGAGUGAUCCGGGAAUUAAUGUUUAUACCCUCAGUUGAGCUGUGCAUGUAAACUUUGGCAAAUGUUUUACAUAGGUGCAAUAUAUAUGUGAAUCAUGAUAUCACAGCCCCCACAUUUAAUUUCUGCACUGCCUGAUUCUGCCUGCCAUUAAAUUAUCAUAUUACUAUACCAGUGAUGUUUGAUUUCUAAGAAUUUGUUUAUAAUAGCAGAGAGAAGAACACUUUAAGGUCUAAGAGAAACUUAUUGAGAAACAAUGGCUAUUCCGUUCUCGAAUACCACUCAACGCAUUCCUCCAGGAUUUGCCAAUCUGCUUGAAGGGCUUGCCAGGGAAGUAUUGAGAAACCAGCCUGAAGAUAUACCAACUUUUGCAGCCAAGUAUUUUGAAACUCUCCUUAUUGAAAGAGAAAAAACUGGAUAUGAUCCAAGUGAAUGGGGAGCAAAAAUAGAGGACCGAUUCUACAAUAACCGUGCUUUCAAUGAACUUGCACCACCAGGAGAUGGAGCUAAAAAAGAGGAGAAAGAAGAAACUGCUGCAAUGCCAGAGGAAGAGGACAAGAAACCAAUUGAGGCAACCUUAUCCGAAGAACAAGCUGCUAUAAAAAUUCAGUCCAUUUAUCGAGGAUAAAAACAAGAAGAGGGAAAAGCCCAAAAGAAGAAGAGGGAGGAGAAGGAGAAGAAGCAGGGAAGGUACCUGGAGAGGCAGCCAAAGAAACUGAGAAGGAGGAAGUAUCUAGUGAGCCUGAUAAAAAAGAACCAUAGAAAUCAGACUCACCAGUUCUACCAACAGUCACAUUUUAGAACAGGCAUAAGGCAAAGUCCCAUUGGUCUGCUUAGAAACACGCGUCAAGUUUAUUAAACAAACGAUACAGUUUAAAGCUGCACCAUGUCAUCUUUGGUGCUCAUCAGCAGAUCAAUAAACUGUCCCUGUUUUCAUGCAGAAAUGUAUCUUGAAGUAAUGAGUAUCUUCUAAUUUGCUUUGGCUUUACUGAGUCUUAAGCUAGUUAAUCCUUGCAGAUAUAAGAAAAAAAUCUUGCAGCUUGGUUAGGGCUCAUAUGCACGAUACCAGACCAUUAGCACUUCAUGAAUAGCAUCACAUGCAGGGUUCCAAACAAAGCCUUCUGUGUCAGCUUCCAUAAUGUUGGUACCUCAGUAGCUGGACUGGGAAUGUUUCGUGUUUCAUAGAUUGUUAGAUAAAUAUUUGAAUCUGUUGUAUGUGUUUUUAAAAUCUUUGUAUCAUUUUUUUGGAAUCUGUACUCUGAUCCCCUCAAAUACUAUCUUCAUGUACAUCCAGUAGUAUAAUAGAUACUAAUAUUCACUUUUAAUGCUGCACCUGCCAUUUCAGUGUGUAACAUACUCAUGUAUUAGUCUUUUUUUUCAACAGAGAGAAUGAAAAAUCUAAAGAAAAAAUAUUCAAAUUUAACCUUUAUAAUUUUUUUGUGCAUAUAAUUCCAGUAAUGUUGUUCUGCCCUUCCCCAUUUUUGCAAUCUGUCUCUUUUCAUUGGCCUUAUUUUAUAAAUUCCUUCAAAUUCUCUUCAGAUUUCAUUCCCUAGGGACAUUUUAAAGGAAAGUCAGUGUUACCUAUGAUGUGUGCCUCUGCUUCCUUAGAAGUUCACAGCUUGAUCCUUUGCGCAUAUGUUUGAAAAUACAUUUCAUUGGUAUCAGAAGAGCUUAUUACCCCCAAGAGUGUCCAAGAUUGCAGUCUGAAUUAAAAGAUCAGCAUAUACUUUUCAGAAUGUGUCUUAAUGAUGUUCCUCAGAGAAGUUUGGUAAUAACUGGAAUGUGGAACGAAGGAAAUGUCAUUUUAAGAAGCAGACACAAUUGAUUAGUUCUAGGGAAAUUACACUUCCGUAUUUUGAACCUUUUUUUUUUUUAAGUUGCACUAUGCAAUUGUAUGUAAGAUCAUAUAUGGAUAAACGAUAGGCAGAACCAAAAAUGAGCAGAAUUUGUGGGAUUAUAUUGCUUUUCUGUCUGCACUACUUCAUCUCUCCAAGCUGUCUGAAAUUAGGAUGUAGGUUUCAAGAUGUAUUCUAGGAAUAACAAUCACUUUCCAUUAUUUCUGAAUAGUUUGUCUCUAAACCAAUAAUUGAAGAACAAAAGAGCUCCUUUGCAUGCUCUUGGGGCAGAAGAUUGGCUCAUCACGACAUUUGUUUAAUGAAAACUUACUAAAUUACCACCAAUAAUUAGAUAUAUCCCUGAGCUCUCUCUAAUUAUUACUCAUGAUUACCUGAGAGAGAGAGAUCUUACUCAGAGCUUCAUUAUUUAGGGUAGGAACAGUUGUACUCUCAUCUUGAAGAGGCCUCGUCUUGUAACAAUGUCUGUUAAGCGCAAGAAAAAUGAUCUACAUGUGCCUCUCUCUAGAUGAUACUUGCAGUUCUAAAUUUAGUUUCCCAGCAUCCCAGGAGAUCGUUACAGCUCUUUGUGAGGCAGAAGCAAGACAUCUGCUAUUAUCUCAAGCUUCAUGAAUAUGCAAUGGGGAAAAGAAGUAAAAUACUACAGUGGAGGAGGUUGGAGGGAAGGCUUCUGAGCAUGUAUAAAGCUGAUGUCUUCUAAGCUGGAAGCAUCACUUUGUCCCAAAGGAAUGAGGACCCAGAAAUUCCUCUGUAAUAAGUAUGGAGCAAAAUUCUCCAGAAAGAAAACAAACAGGCUAUUGUCCUAUUAGCAGAAGUAACUUAUCAGAAAUCCUAAACUUACCAUUUAUUUUCCAAGUCUCCUGCUUUCUUACAACCCAGCACUUUCAACAGGUUUUAAACAGGAACUUGCAGCAAUAAGAUGCAAUGUGUAACAGCAAAAAUAAGCAUAGAAACAAUGCAGAACAAUGGAAGAAUAAAAAAAAUUGAAUUCUUGAUGAAACCAAAAAUAGAGUGUAACUACUGAGAAGGCCAUUUUGCUCAUCCUGGGCACCCAAGAGUGUUUUCAGAAGGAUGGUUAAUUGUGCAAUCACCCUGCCUCUUUCCUGGAAUUGUAUAGAGGGCUUCACACAGCAUGGUCUUCUAUUUAUAGUCAUACUAUGUUCCUACACUUCCAUCUAUUUUCAUAGUAUGGGAAGUUUUGGGGGGAGGGAAAGAAUGGGAGAACUUCAUGAUGUUUCUUCAUCUGUAAUGCUAGGAAGCCUUAAUGGAUAAGAUGCCUCCUAAGGACCCUACAACUCUUCCCUAAUCAUAGAUCAUAUUUUCCCCCAUCUAUUUUUUAUUUGGGAGGGGAAGACUCGUGGUUGCAGGGCAACUGCACUUGGGAACCCCCUGAGCUUCAGACUUCUAUCCAGAGUUCCAGACAUAUUGGACCCUUAAUUCCAACUGUUCAGGUAACCCUAGUUAGUAGCACUGCUAGUAAAGCUAGUAGCCUACCAGGACCUGCUGACAGAGGAAAUUGGGAAUCCCCGGAAGAUGCUUCUUUUUCCAGAGCAACUAGAAAUUUGGGUCCUUCUCUACUGCCAGAAAAGUGAAAUAUGAAGUCAGUCCUUAACUGAUCUUUGAUACUGUGCCAUGAAAUA